CAUCGAGCCGCGCUGGCCCCGGACCCCCUGCGCGGGCAGCAGCCGCAGCCGCCGGGGCUCGGCUUGCCGAGGGUCGGGGCUUCCCUUUGGCAGCCGGAGCGUCCAUCCCCUGUGCCCGGCACCCCUGCCCCUGCUCCCCGCUCCCGGGGCUCCUCCGUGCCUCGGGAUCCCGCCGUGACCCCGGCCGGGGAGCGUGGUGUGGCCCUGCGCCUGCCGUGCAGUGUGAGAGGGAAGGGGGAGGCGGUAGGAAAACCCCGUUCCUGCAAAAAUGCAGCUCGCUCUUUUCUUGUCCUGGUGCUGCUGCCUGCACGGAUGCGCGCUGGGCACUGGCUUCCUCUAUCAAUUCCCAGCAUCAACCCUGCAGCACAACUACCCAGAGCAGAGCUCCGGCUCGCCGGGCAGCGGCUUCGCCAGUCGCCGGCACUGGUGCCACUACACAGUCACAAGGACAGUCUCCUGCCAGGUGCAGAACGGGUCAGAAACGGUGAUCCAGAGAGUUUAUCAGAGCUGCCGCUGGCCGGGACCUUGUGCCAACUUAGUCAGUUACAGGACUCUCAUCAGGCCCACGUACAAAAUGUCCUACAGAACCGUGACCACGCUGGAGUGGAGGUGCUGUCCUGGCUUCACAGGGAGCAACUGUGAGGAGGAAUGCAUGAACUGCACCAGACUGGCUGACAUGAGCGAGAGGCUGAACACUCUGGAGGCCAAGAUCCUGCUGCUGGAGGCUGCAGAGAGGAGCCCAGCCCUGGAGAACAACCUGCCCAUCACGGGCACCACAGCCACGUGGGACCAGGAGCUGCUGCCCGACGCCUUUCCCCUGCUGAACCCCGGCACCGUCCUCAGGAAGAACGUGGCAGCUGUUGAGCCUAAAGGACCCAGAGGUGCAGAGGAGCAGCUGAUACCACAGGGGAUUCCAGGCCAGGUUGGUCCCCCAGGCCCGGUUGGCCCCACGGGGCUCCCAGGACCUCCAGGGCCCAAAGGAGAGAAGGGACAGCCCGGGGAGAGGGGCCCUGCAGGGCCACCAGGGAUGCUGGGACCUCAAGGACCAAGAGGACUUCCAGGAGAAACUGGGAUCCCAGGUCCCCCAGGUCCUCCAGGGCCACCAGCCACGCCAAGCCUCCCUCUCACCUUCCAGCAAGGGGUUCUCUACUCACUGCAGCCCACAGCUGAAAAAGAAACCACCAGGGCCACCAGGUGCUUCAGGACCCAAAGGCCCCCCAGGACCCAUUGGAGCCCCUGGAUCACAAGGCUUGCCAGGAUCUCCAGGACAGCCUGGACCAAAAGGAUCCAAAGGAGACCGAGGAGAGAGAGGGCAAGCAGGUCUGCCUGGAGAGAGGGGCAUUAAGGGACUCCCUGGUGAACCAGGCAAGAAGGGUGAGGAAGGAGACAAAGGUGCUGAUGGGGAAGGUGUCCAACAGCUUCGAGAGGCUCUGAAGAUUUUAGCUGAGAGGGUAUUGAUCCUUGAGCACAUGAUAGGAAUUCAUGACUCUUUGUCUUCCAUUGAGCCAGGCUCUGGACAGGAUGCGAUCCCAGGCUCCCCCCUGAGAAGCAGCAUCAAGAUCAAGCGAGGAGGACCCCGGCAGCCCCAGGCCCACCAGAUCCUCUCCUCCCUGCUGGAUGAUGCUGAAGCCAGAAGGAGAAGCCACAGGAUGAAGUAGGAGCAUCUCUGUGUCCUCCCUGCCUGUUCUGCAGUUCAAGAUCCAGUACCCAGUGCUGAAUUGCACCCUGCAGAUGAAGAGGGUGGGAGGCUGCAGUGUUGGUGGCUGGGUUUCCUUCCCUGGCCAAUUCUGAGCCCUGGUUGCAGGGAAUGACUUAUCCAUAGCUCAGAGAGGGUUUUGAGAAUGUUUUCCUUGAUUUUGUUUUGCCUUUGGAAUAGCAGUUGUCAGGUGUCUCAGAAGCUGCCUACAGGAGCGGCACCUCCUGGCUGUGCCUCCAGGGUUUAACCCUGCCCUUGUUCUCUCCCUGCCCUUGGCAGUCACUCAGUAAAGCUCUGCUUAACUGGCCAAGCCCACCCAUCCCACCCAGAGCCAAAGCCAAACCUCAGCCUUGUCCAUUGCUGCAGUUGGAGACAUCUGCUUUUAUUUCCUGUAUGACCUGCAAGGAUUUCUUUUAAGCAAAGAGCAAAUUAGAAUACCAAUUACAUUUAAAAGUAUUACUCUGAAAAUUCAGGUGGCUCUCUGGAUUUUAGCAACAAAAUCCUGGCUUUUCAUGUUGCUAAUUGCCUGUGAGUGACAUUAUUUCUAUUUGUGGUUGGCUAAACAAGGACUUUUGAUGCAAAUGUUCCUAGAAACAUUGGCUUUCUGUCUAUCUUCAGAGAGUUUAGACUAUUUCUGUGAAAACAUAGAGCAGUUUGCAUGAGAUAUGAUGGAAUUGUGCAAGAAUUUUCCCAUACUGUGUUCAGCUUGUGCAUACAUCCAGAGAUAAUUAAUUUAAGUGGUGGCAGUAGCUAUUCACAGAAAAGGAUAUAGUUUCUUAAUCCUACAGCAAUCAGGAAAAAUGUUUUCACAGUGUUUUGUUUUAAUCUUGUGAGUAAAUCCUCACCAUUUAGAUCUGGAGACAGUGUAGGAGCAAACCACAGUCUAGGGAAUUAGAGUCUUGUCAGGAGCUUAUCUUGCACUGGGAGUUACAUACAGAGUCAUUUUCCUUUUUGCAAUAACUGGUUAUUUUAGGGGAAGUACCAGCUUCCAGGUUUAAGAAGUUGAACCUGCCCUUCAGUGACAAAUGAAUCACUCCACCUGCUGUGCUAACCAGGUCAGACAAGCUGAUGUCAUCCAUGUAGACAGUGAUUUCUGUUAGAAGGGGGAGGUUAAUCAACAAAACUGACUGGACAGUUUUUUGUUUUUAGUUCCCACAUUCUGACAGUUCUCAAAUUCAGCCCAGGACAAAAGUGAGCAAAUUGAGUUGUGUUAUGGCCCCUGUGUGUCUGGUUCCUGUGCAGAGUGCAGCUGUGUGAGCACGCUGGGCUGCACUGCUGCAGUGUUUCUGUCAGCAGCUUUCCAAAGAAAACACUGCUGUCCCUGAUCCAGCACCCCAAGGGAUCUUCCCAAGGCAAAGCCCACUGGAAAUGAGGCUGAAAAUGGAGGAGCUCUGCCAGCCCAGCAUCAGCCCCACAUUAAAUUGACUGUCCAUAAACACUGUAAACAUGGCAGUGUGCUACCAGCAGAGACAAUCCCAAUCCUUCCUCUGAAGAGCCUGGAAUUUCCACAAAUUAGCAGGUUACAGGCUCCAUUAGGAUGGCUGAACCCACUAUGCCUUGACUUGGCCCUGCUCCUCAGGAACCCAGCCAUGCCCAGGCAGGUGAAAUGGCAAAGCUGAUCUGAGCAAGCACCAGAACUUUGCUUUUACUGCUGUGCAGCUGAACAACAACCAGCUGUGCUGGAGGCAGCAGGGAUGCUGCUUUUGCAUCCUCCCCCUGCUUGGUCAGUGCCAGCUGUGGGGCUCAUUCAGCUCACCUGGUUCAGGUUGUGCUUCUGAAUGAUUGAAUUUCCCAAGAAACAAACCCAGAGCUUUGCAGGAGCCUGGGGAGUCUCUGGCUGCACUCUGAGUUACAGCUGUGGUGUAGAGAGACAAGGAAAUGAGUAAAACUCAAGUCCAACGGGUUCCUGAGCUCAAGGAGCCAUCCUGUAUCUGCAGUCCCUUGGGGAGAAGGAAAUAAAGCUCUCUGAAUGCAUCUUGGUUUCACCCCCAGCACUAAUUCUAAACCCAGCCUUAACUCUGAGGAUGUCUGGGGUGCUCUAAGAACCCAAGUCCCUCCUUCACUACUGGCAGGGCAAGAGCUUUGUUUGUGGCCAGCCAAGCAAGGUUCAGCCAUGGGAACAUUCUUGGAAUAAUCAUUCCAUCUGAGAAUUAAAUGUCCAAAAACAAGGAUGAUUCCUGUGCAGGAAUUGAGAAGUACUUGGUUACCUCUGGGGUGAAUUGGGACCAUCUUGGUCUGAAUCACAUGGACACUCCAAGACCUCACUGGUGGCUUCCAGGAGAUAAAUCAGCCAGUUGGUGUUGGAACAUCAGGCCUGGGGAGUGAGGAGAAAUCUCAGUUCAGUCUAAACUCCUGCACUGGGCAGGCUGGUGCCAGCUGCAGUUGAGGCCACAGGAACAAUCUGUGCUCAUGGCAACUUCAGGAACCAAACCCAACCAAAGAAACCUUUGAAAAGGGAAAUGGGGAAAUUCAGUUUCACUGGUCCUGUAGCUACAGGGUUGAAUUUAGGGAAGAGGGAAUACAAUGAGGCCAUUUUUACUUCCCUGGCAUUUCAGAGGCUUCACACUGAACUGGAAGAGAAAUCUUUCUUUCUCCAAGUUUGUCUUCUGAAUUCAAAGUAAUUCUUUAGUCACUGACAUUGCUGCAGCAUUCAUACUGACAUGGAUUUGGAAUUUUAUAUUAUUUAAAACAAAUUUACUGACAAGAUGAAAGGAAAAUUUAAUGGAAGUUAUUUGCAACUAAUCCUGCCAAGUCAAUUGUCAAAAAGCUGUUCAGGUUUGGGUUGAGACCACUUUAAUUAUUGAUAGUAUGAGCUGUGUAAUUUUUUCUCUUUGCUUUGUUUAGCCCCAUCUCUCUGAUGAGGUGCUGUAUCUUUAAAUGGGGGACAGCAGGAUUAUACCAGAUGGACUUUCUCUCUCUGCUGGGGUUUCAAUCCUCUCCACUCACACGAGGGCUGCACCACACUGUUGUGCCACCCCACUUUAAUGACAUUUAAAGGUGAGCACAGCCUCACACACUGACAUUGAUGAGAUUGAUGACCAAGCAAACCACUCCAGCCACAUUCUCCAUCAUGGGCAGAUCCCGAGGUUCAUUUCAGCCAGGGCAUAUAAUGCUUCUUGCCAUGUCUAUGUAAUUUAGGGGAUUUAUUUUGAAUGCGUGCUCAUUUAGAAAUAUAUUUUAAUUGAAAUGUUUAGUGCUUUAUCUUACAUACAUACUGUGCAAUACCAUAGUGUGUUCUUUUCUUUUUUCUUUUUUUUUUUCCCCUAAGACUUUUUUGAAAUUCCUGAUGUUUGUUUGAGCUCCAGUGUGUUUUUGACUUGGCUCAGCUCUGGUAGUAGUAGUGUUUUCCUUGCCCUGAGCUAACCAGAAGCAGCACAUUGCACAACAAAAACCCUUUGCAAGUCAUGCACCCUCACAUUCACCAGCAACCUGCAGCUCCUGGGAGGCAGGGAAUGCUCCUCUCCAGAGGGUCUAAUUUGCACUUACUGUAAGGAAUUGCUAGCAACCCAGGGAAACAGGAAAUAGCUAGAGAGAAGAGCCCUCACCUGCUCCCACCAAACUCCAGAGUCAUUUUGUGAUCAACUUUCAAAGGAACAGGCCUUAAAAAUCAGCCCCAGCCCUGGAGCAGCAGUGCUGGUGCUGUGUGGGCUCUGCUCCAGUGUCUGCCAUGGGCUGUUGUCACAGGGGACCCUGAGCACUGUGACAAAGGCUUCCAGAGACAAUCAGCUCCUGGACUUCCCUCCUGAUGCAAUGAUUGCAAACCCAUCCUCCUCCAGGUUUAUACCGUCUUCUGACUCCAGAUGACAUUCCACUGGGGGUGUAGGGGUUAAACUACUCAGAGUCUCUGUGAUUUCUUGGUUUCCUGUGAAGCCAAGGCAUUGAAAGGUGCUAUAAUUGUUCACGAGGCACAUGCCCAGCCACAGAAGGAAAUGGUAACUUCUUCACCAGUUAUUUUACACAGUACCUUUUUUAUUUAUAUCAGUGUGUUUUGUAUGUGUGCCAAUGGUCCUGGCUUCUCUCCUGGGGAUCAGCUUUACAACCAUUUGGUCUUUUAUAGGGCAGCCAUAGGCAGUAUCUUGCAAUCACGUGUAAUUUCUUAACUUAGAGCAAGAAUAAAUCUCGUCUGACAGGAUGAACUCAUUUAUGGCAGGCUUUAAUGUUUGUUGUAAACACAACCUGUUUGUUCCACCUCUUGCAUGGUUACUUAUCUGUUUUCAUAUUGCUAUGUUAUUGUUCAAAAUAUCUAUUUCUCUUUAUUUGCUAUGGGGUUUGUUACUGUAUAUGGAAUGUUUUGUAUUCAGCAUUUUCUUACGGAGCAGAGUGGGAACAGUAUUCAAGGACCCACAAAUACCAAAGACCUUUCAUGUAAUGCACUGAGAAAUAAACUUACUGUAAAUGAG